CUAAAGCACUUGUAUCUUCUUUGUGCCGUGAAGUUGCACUGAUUGAAGGACCGCCGGGAACAGGAAAAUCAUAUAUUGGCGUUGGAAUAAUGCGUGCAUUAUUGGCUCCUGAAAAUCGCAAGACGACAAAAAUCGGGCCAAUUUUGACAAUAUGUUAUACUAACCAUGCGUUAGAUAACUUUCUUGAAGAUAAUAUUGUACGAAUAGGUUCGAGGUCUAAAUCUGAAGUUAUUAGCCAAUUUAGUCUUGAAGAAAAAUGUCGAAAUCUAAAAGUUACAAAUCGAUGGUUAAUAAGGCAGACCUAUCAGGAUCUUGACAGUAUUAUAAAUGAGGCAUCAACAAUUAACACACAAUUAACAAAUAGAACCUUAAAUCUCAAUCAGGAAAGUGUGUCGAAUUAUUUCAGGGAAAAUUAUCACUUCGUUCAUUUAGAGAAUCCCAAUAUCCCACCUUUCCUAUUGAAUGAUAAUGAUGAUAAUGAAUUAGAAUGGCGAAAAGCUAAUGGAAAGAAAAAAACAAGGAGAAGGUCAGUGAUCGAGCAAUGGGUGAAUGGUGACGAUUUGACGGCGGCACAAAAAUUUAAGGAAUCCCUUAUUAAUCCCCAAGAAUCCGAAGAAGCUCAAUUUAAGAAUUGGAUUCAAACUUGGCAAAUGCCAACCACAAAGAGGAGUUUGGAAGUAUUAAAGCAUGGUUGUGAUGUAUGGGGAAUGUCAAAAGAUGAACGUGUAAGGUUACAUGACUUUUGGAGGGAAGAAAUUAAUUUUAAAACCAAUGAAAAGCUUUUGGAUAUUCAGAAAAGAUACGUAAAAAAGAAGAAAGAUCUUGAAAAUAUAUAUGACGACGGUCGACGUCAAGUUCUUCUUAAUAGUGAUGUCAUCGGGAUGACAACAACAGGCGCAGCUAAAUAUCAUGACCUAAUAAAAAAAAUUGGACCGAAAAUUAUUAUUUGUGAGGAAGCAGGGGAAGUGCUUGAAGCACAUAUUCUUGCUAGCUUGACAAAAAGCGCACAGCAUUUAAUUCUUAUUGGAGAUCAUAAUCAAUUGCGCCCCAAAAUCAGAAAUGAUUAUAAACUUGAUAUUAGUUUAUUUGAACGUCUUGUACAUGGCGAACAGUCAAUGCGUUUAGAAAGAACCCAACUUUUAACUCAAAGACGUAUGAGAAAAGAAAUUUCUGAUUUAGUUAGACAAACACUUUAUCCAAAAUUAGAGGACAAUCCAAUUACGGAGAAAUAUCCUAAAGUUAAAGGGAUACAACAUAAUGUAUACUUUAUGCAUCAUAUUAAUCCUGAGGAUUCAACGAGAAAUGAAUUCGCCAUUCAAUCGCAUUCAAAUAGAUUUGAAGUGGAAAUGAUAGUUGAGAUGUAUUUUGUUAGAAAUGGAUAUACAAAGCCUGAACAAAUUGCUGUUCUUACACCAUAUUUAGGACAAAUGCUAAAAAUCAAAGAAGCGUUAAGUAAGUCAUUUGCUGUCGUGAUAGAUGAACGUGAUUCUGAACAGCUUACUGAUUUGGAGGAAGAUGGUGAUACAGAUCAAGUCGAUCUUUCGCAUGAUACUAUAAGUGUAGCAUCAAGGAAAAGGUUAAAUCAACAGGUGAUCUUGCGUACAAUUGAUAAUUUUCAAGGCGAAGAAGCAGAUACUGUUAUUAUAUCACUUGUUCGAAACAUAACAGAAAAUAGCCGUAAUACAAUUGGUUUUCUAAAAACCAAGAAUCGUACAAACGUUUUGCUUUCUCGUGCUAGACAUGGAAUGUACCUUAUGGGAAAUGCUGAACUUAUGGAAAAAGAAUCUGGAAUGUGGAAAGAUGUAAUCAGCAUCCUUCGUUCACGUAAUCAAGUUGGACCAGGGUUUCCCAUUGUGUGUGAUCAACAUCCAGAAACUAAAAACAUCAUAACCUAUCCGGAAAAAUUUAAAGAAACAUCUCCGGAUGGUGGAUGUUUACUUCCAUGCGGUAAAACUCUAAAUUGUGGGCAUAGAUGUCCACAUAAAUGCCACCCGGAUGAUCCAAAUCACAUUUCAAUAUUCUGUUCUAAACCAUGCACCAAAUUGCAUAAGUGUCUUCAUCCAUGUAAACGGAUGUGUGGAGAAGAUUGUGGAGAAUGUAUAUUCCCAGUUGGCGAUCUUCUAUUGCCCUGUGGACAUAUUUUAAAAGAUGCGAAAUGUUUCCAAAAAUCUACUCGAGACAAAAUUAAUUGUCGUAUUAUGGUGAAUAAAAUGCUACCUAAUUGUGAACAUUCAGUUACUGUUGAGUGUUACAUAUCUGUUUAUGAUAUAUCGUGCCAAAGCAUCUGUGGCCUCUUUAAUCCGGACUGUCAUCAUGACUGUCAAGAAAUUUCUACCCAUGCCAAUGGUGGUCGUGGUCGUACUCUGAAACUUGACAAUAAUGUUCACAUCGCUCGGACGCAUCAUGAAAAAUGCAAACAAAUUUGUGAAAAGAUCCUCUUCUGUGGUCACUCGUGUGAAGAAUCGUGUCAUUUGAAUAAAGAUUGUCCGGGCUGUAAAAAAGAAUGUAAUGUCAACUGUAAACAUUCAGUAUGCAAUAAGCCAUGUAGUCAUCCUUGCUCUGUGUGUGCAGAAGAGUGUGAUUGGUAUUGUGAACAUAAAGGUGCUUGUGGGGUAUCUUGUGGUGUUCCUUGUAACAGAUUACCUUGCAAUGAACGAUGCUCAAAGUUAUUAAGCUGUGGUCACCAAUGUAUGGGGAUAUGUGGUGAAAAAUGCCCCUCUCAAAAAUAUUGUACAAUUUGUGCACCUGAUGAUAUCAAAGAUUCUAUUGUCGAUUUGAUUACGCAAACAAGAUUUGCAGAAGUUGAUUGGACUACUGAGAGAAUGAUUGUACUUGAGUGUGGUCAUGUCUUUACUGCCGAUACCUUGGAUAAUAUGAUGGAGAUGAAGAGCCUUUAUCAUAUGGACGACGCCAUGGAAAAUUGGAUUGGCAUAAAACAAAUCACAGAUCAACCAAGGAAAUUUAAAACAUGUCCGAAUUGUCGAGCUCCUAUUAAAAAUAUUCGGCGUUAUGGACGAAUAAUUAAAAAAUGUGUUCUCGACGUUCAAAAUAAAAAGUUUUUGCUUGAAUAUAAUCGACAGUUGAAAAUUAUUCAAGUAGAAUUUGGAAAUAUUAUUGAAAAUUUGGAAAAUAAUCGAGGAAAAGUUUUAGAAAAGUAUGGAAAAUUAAAGUUACCCAAUGCAAAACAAAAAAAAAAUAACGACUCCUAUAAAAUAGAUAAAAUAGAUAAAAUAAUCAAUCGUGCAGUUCCCGUUAUUGUUCCAUCAAAAAAAUAUGAGAUGCUUAAAAAUUAUUAUUCAAUACCAACUUAUCAUGAAAAAUUGUGGCGGAAACAUGUAUCGCCUCUUCUUUUGAAUUAUCGUCAAGUUGCUCUUAUAAUAUCCAAUUCCACUAAUCCGCCCUAUAAACUCGUUUAUGAAUCUGCUGUAACAAGCCUAUUUGCGGCAAAAUCUAAAGAGAAAGUUAAUAUGGAUAAUCUUCUCAACAAUAUUUCAUCAUUACAAAUUUCUGAUGACUCUCCUGCUGUACAACAAUCUAAAUUUCAAGAGACUCUAAAGGAGGUUGGAAUUUCGAUAUCUAAAGUUGACAG